AUGUUACUGAAUCUGAUGGAAAUUUGGAUAGGAAUUGAGCAGGUAUUGGCCUCAACAUUCUUUUACGUCUACAUCAUUUUCUAUUCCCGAGUCAAGGGGUUUCAUUUACCAUGCAACCCUAUGAAAUUUUACCACUCCUGUGCAGGGAACCUCGAUGCUCCCCCAAUUCUAUGUCCGAUCGAGGCUCCACUCAACUUCACUUAUCACACUAGUGGAGGAUCGUGCAUCAGUCGAAUAUCUUCAAUAACACGGUGUUCUCAAUGGGCACGACUUUCGUUUCACUAUCAGGCGUGUCCAGAGAAUCCGACCAAAGAGGCUUCAGUGUCCGAAAUUGAGUGCAUCGCUUCAUGGCACUCACUCGGCCACAUGUUCUUCGCUGCCCGAGUUGGGAACCGACGAGGGGAAUCAUAUAGAUGCUUUAUCGUGGAUCAGAUGGGAACAUCGGGUCGUAUAGGGAUAUCAGCAGAUGCGAGCUGUCAGGAACUCACAGACAUCGGAGCAGCAACGACUACACUCCAAUACAAGCAAGACAAGUCUGGUACCAGUUUGCCAACCUCGGAGAGAUGGAAGGCUUGGUGGGCCAUGGAUGCCGGAUCGAUUCCACGUGUGUAUUGGUACUGGUUAUCGUCAUACAAAGGCCGCAACGACUCCGUCUGGACCUGUCUGGAGAGUCGACGUCUUGAACAUUUCGUGGCUGUUCGGGCACACGUUCGUCGAGGUUGUCAAACCGGCUAUCAGUGCGUGCAGGUGAGAGACCCGCAUGGUGUGGUGGUGAACGCGUUAGCCCCCGGAAAGCGUAAUAGCGCGUUCAGUUCCCAUAGCAUACACCUGCAGUCCGCAGUUUUGCAAAUAUCUCAGCAUUAUAGUAGUUAUAUUUCAAUAGGCAGUAAAUACAAAGGUUAA